GGCAGAGAGAAGCAGCAACCAAAAAAAGAGCGGCUGUCCAGAUUCAUUGCAUAUUCCUUAAAAAACAAGAUAGAAAUCUUCUGCCCUUCUUCCAUCAGAAUCCGAUCGAAGGCAGGGUGGCACGUUCUGUAAAUUCAUCAAACUCCUAGGGCAAGUCCGAUUCGAGAUGGGCUCUCAGGAAGAGGAGAGGCUGCUCGUGGAAGACGGAUCUUCAGAGAUUCAGAAUGGAACUGUUGGUCCCUAUACGGGAGAUGGAUCGGUUGACCUUAAAGGAAAUCCUGUCUUGAGGCACAACACUGGCAACUGGCGAGCAUGCCCAUUCAUUCUAGGGACUGAAUGCUGUGAGCGUUUGGCCUACUAUGGAAUUGCUACAAAUCUUGUCACUUACCUCACCAACACUCUACAUGAAGGAAAUGUUUCUGCUGCAAGGAAUGUUACAACAUGGUCAGGCACCUGCUACCUCAUGCCCCUACUUGGCGCUGUUUUAGCAGAUGCUUAUUGGGGAAGAUACUGGACAAUCGCCAUUUUCUCCACCAUUUACUUCAUUGGUAUGUGCAUGUUGACACUUUCAGCAUCCAUUCCCGCGUUGAAGCCUCCCUCUUGCAUGGGGUCCAUUUGCCCAUCAGCAUCUCCAGUUCAGUACGCCGUAUUCUUCUUCGGCCUCUAUAUGAUUGCUCUAGGGACAGGUGGGAUCAAACCUUGUGUGUCAUCAUUUGGAGCUGAUCAGUUCGAUGAUACCGACCUAACGGAGAGAGUGAAAAAGGGGUCAUUCUUCAAUUGGUUUUAUUUCUCUAUCAACAUUGGCGCUCUCAUAUCAAGCAGCUUGAUUGUUUGGAUCCAAGACAAUUGUGGAUGGGGAUUGGGAUUCGGCAUUCCAACAUUGUUUAUGGGUCUCGCUAUCGGAAGCUUUUUCUCGGGUACAAUCCUUUAUAGGUUUCAGAAACCCGGCGGAAGUCCCAUUACAAGAAUGUGCCAGGUUGUGGUUGCAUCUUUGCGGAAGUGGAAUGUAGAGGUUCCUCAUGACAGCUCUCUCCUGUAUGAAGUACAGGAUAAAACCUCAGCGAUUGGAGGGAGUCGGAAACUGGAGCACAGUGAUGAACUCGAGUGCCUCGACAAAGCUGCAACGGUGACCAAUCUUGACAUGAAGACUAAUGAUUUUUCAAAUCCAUGGCGGCUUUGCACUGUCACCCAAGUGGAGGAACUCAAGAUACUGGUCCGCAUGUUCCCCAUAUGGGCCACUGGGAUCGUCUUCUCCGCUGUCUAUGCACAGAUGUCUACCAUGUUUCUCGAGCAAGGCAUGGUCCUCGACACCUCUCUCGGUUCCUUCACCAUUCCGCCUGCAUCGCUCUCAACCUUUGACACAAUCAGCGUCAUCAUAUGGGUCCCAAUCUAUGAUCGGAUUCUCGUCCCAAUAGCAAGGAAGUUUACAGGGAAGGAAAGGGGCUUCUCAGAGCUCCAACGGAUGGGCAUUGGCCUAUUCAUAUCGAUAUUGUCCAUGACAGCGGCCGCGCUGGUCGAGAUCAAACGGUUGGAGAUUGCAAAGGCUGAGGGCCUAACGCAUGAGAAAAUAGCAGUGCCCAUGAGCAUAUUUUGGCAAAUACCACAGUAUUUUCUGGUGGGUGCAGCCGAAAUAUUCACAUUCAUUGGGCAGCUUGAGUUCUUCUACGACCAAUCGCCCGACGCCAUGCGGAGCUUAUGCAGCGCACUGUCGCUCCUCACAACCGCAUUGGGGAAUUACCUGAGCUCCUUCAUCUUGACGAUCGUCACGUCCAUCACGACCAAGGGCGGGAAACCCGGGUGGAUUCCGAAUAAUCUAAACGAGGGGCAUCUCGAUUACUUCUUUUGGCUUCUGGCGGGCCUCAGCUUGUUGAACUUGCUGGUGUACAUGUACUGUGCUUCAAGGUAUAAGUGCAAGAAGGCUUCUUGAGCAUCCUUCAGAAUGGUGUUUGGAUGUAUAGAUGCAUGCAAUUGCAGAAAUUGCCCAAAUUGAAAAUCUGUUGGUAAUUCCUUUCUGGAGACUGAUAUUACACUCACCCAUGUAAUUUUUGGGAACUCAAUUUAGGAUUCAUGUUGUAAUAAUCUGAUUGCUUUUCAUUAGGAAAUGGCUGGUAUCA